UAGUUGGGAUUUUUUAAAAAACUGCUUUGCUUUCCUUUGAUUGCCAUCAUCCCCCCUAAAAAAGCCUCCUAAUAGUAGGGAUCCCCUCUAAUAAAAUGAAUUCUGACUCAAGCUCUGUCUCCAGCAGAGCUUCCUCUCCGGACAUGGAUGAGAUGUAUCUAAGAGACCAUCAUCAUCAUCACCACCAUCACCACCAAGAUAGUCGUCUCAACUCGGUCUCCUCCACCCAGGGGGACCUAGUGCAAAAGAUGUCUGGGGAAGGCCUGUCCCGUAGCGGCUCCAAAGCGGGAGGCGAAAGCAGCAAAUACAAAAUCAAAAAGCAGCUCUCAGAACAGGACCUGCAGCAGCUCCGGCUAAAGAUCAACGGGAGGGAGCGCAAGAGGAUGCACGACCUAAACCUCGCCAUGGACGGACUUCGAGAGGUCAUGCCCUACGCCCACGGACCCUCGGUCAGGAAGCUAUCCAAAAUCGCCACUCUUCUGCUAGCCAGAAACUACAUCCUAAUGCUCACCAGCUCCCUGGAGGAGAUGAAGAGGUUGGUGGGCGAGAUCUAUGGAGGGCAUCACUCUGCUUUCCACUGCGGGACUGUCGGGCACUCUGCGGGACAUCCAACCCAUGCGGCAAACGCUGUGCACCAGGUACACCCCAUCUUAGGCAGCGCUCUCUCUUCUACCAACACCUCUUCACCACUUUCAGCGUCUCUCCCCGGGAUUGGCACUAUCCGGCCGCCUCACUCUCUGCUCAAAGCCCCCUCCACACCUCCGGCCCUGCAACUGGGCAGCGGCUUCCAGCAUUGGGCCGGACUGCCGUGCCCCUGCACGAUCUGCCAGAUGCCCCCGCCGCCGCACCUAUCUGCUCUCACCACAGCCAACAUGGCCCGCCUGUCCGCGGAAUCCAAGGACUUGCUCAAGUGA